AAGCACUACUAAAAAUAGAGGUCUCUCUUCUUCUCCCUCAUUUCGCAGGUCGCCACCACGUCUUCGUCCUCCUCCCCUCCCGGCCAUUUCUCCACGAGGCAACACGCGCGAACGACCCUCCCGAGACGCAGAAUUACUCCCCGAGCGCUCGCAUUCCUCGCGCUGCCCGCCAAGUUCCAGCCCGCCACGCACCCGCGCCCCUCGCCGGCGGCGCAAUGCCGCGGCGGGGCGAGACGGCGGUGGUCCCCAUUGACGUCGACGGCGGGGGCGGAGGUCCGGGACGGCCCGAGAGCCCACGCCACCGGAGCCAUGGCCCCGGGCACCACGGCCGCCACGGGCCGCACCACCAGCACCGGAGCCGCCCGCCUCCGCCGCCGCCGCAGGAGUUCCGGCCAUUCCGGCGGUGGUUCCCCUUCCUGGUGCCGCUCUUCAUCAUCGCCAACAUCGUCAUCUUCGUCCUCACCAUGUACUUCAACGACUGCCCCGCCCACGCCGAGGCCGCCGGCGCCGCGAUAGGGGGAUCCGUCGGCGAGAGCGCCACCGCGCAGGGGUGCUGGCUCGCGCCGGAGCUCGGGAGGUUCGCGUUCCAGUCGUUCAAGGAGAACCCCCUCGUGGGCCCCUCCUCAGCGACGCUGUUGAAAAUGGGGGCACUAGAAACCAGUAAAGUUACCAAAGAUCACGAAGGCUGGCGCCUCAUUACAUGCAUUUGGUUGCAUGCUGGAGUUGUCCACAUACUUGCUAAUAUGUUGAGUCUCCUAUUGAUUGGAAUCAGGCUCGAGAAGGAAUUUGGUUUCAUGAGGAUUGGUCCACUGUAUGUGCUCUCUGGAGUAGGUGGUAGCUUGCUGUCUGCUCUAUUUAUGGUGUCGAAUAUAUCUGUUGGUGCUUCAGGUGCACUAUUUGGACUAUUGGGCUCCAUGCUGUCAGAGCUGAUAACGAAUUGGACGAUAUAUGAGAAUAAGUUUGCAGCAUUAUUGACUCUAGUUAUGAUCAUUGCCAUCAACUUGGCUGUUGGGAUCCUUCCGCACGUUGACAACUUCGCUCACCUCGGGGGAUUCAUAUCAGGGUUCUUUCUUGGUUUUGUGCUGCUAAUGCGCCAGCAGUUUGGAUACAUUAACCAAAAGAACUCUCCUCUUGGAUUCCCCAUGGGCCCAACUAAACGGAAGUUCAAGACAUAUCAAAUCAUACUCUGGGUUGUUGCUACACUGAUAUUGAUUUCUGGGUUCACCAUUGGCCUGGUAUUGCUACUUAAAGGGUUCGAUGCUAGUGAGCACUGUUCUUGGUGCCAUUAUCUGAGCUGUGUGCCUACUUCAAAGUGGAGCUGCAAAGCACCAAACAACUAUUGCAUGUCUUCACAGCUUGGAAAUCAAUUAAACCUGACAUGCCAAAGCACUGGAAAGACAGCAACAUAUGUUCUCAACAAUCCAAACAACACGGAAGCAAUUAAAAACCUUUGUAUUGGCCUUUGCAGUUAAUGGCGAAUGUAUGUACUUUCUGACAAGGAAUUGAUGCCCACAUAUCUAUAGAAGAGAGAGGUAGAAGCCUAAUUUACAUUGAGCUUCUCUGGUAAUCCUUUUAUGGCUUCUAUGGUUUUGUUUUGUUGUGCAUGCUGUGUAUUACGAAUGUCAGUUGGGGGUUAUAAAAGAUGGAUAAUUUGAGGCA